AUGUUCAUUCUACUUAUUCUAUUGCUGUACGCAUCUGACGCAAAAGGACACAGUGAAUCAAUAAAGAACGAAGAGGAGUGCAAGAUUGCGGAUCUCUGCGUCCACGACAAAGUGCCCAUGUGCGGAAUAGACUCUUGCGGCGAAAUGAGGACAUUCAUCGACACGUGUGACAUGCACGAGUUCAAUUGCGAUAGCAAAAAAGAUUUCAAACAGCGGCCUAUCCACGAAUGUUGGGUAACGUGUAAAAGGGGCCGAUCCUUCAAAAAGCCAGAAUAUCGCACGGACUGCAACCUUAAUCUGAAAUCAAACAGACUA